CGCCAGUCGUACGCGCACCUAAAACCCAAACAAACGUAGACAGCCCGAUUUUCGAAGAAGUUUGCAGAUACAGAAAGAAGUUGCGUUUGUUGUGUUCACAGAGUUCAUGUGUAUGGGAAUCCCUCUCUACUUGAGACUACCUUGCUUCUAAGAAGAUCCAGUCUGUUCCCGUGAGCAGUCGGCAAGAAGAAACUUUCCCCGAAGCAUCUCAGGCGCUCGGAGCUCCGCCUUCUGUUUUCCCAGCAUUCUCUUCCUCUAACAGAGAAAGCCGGCGAUCAAGCCUUUGUCAGGCUUCGUUCUUGGACGAGUCCCAGUUCCCGCUCGGCGACUUUCAUGAAGGCUUUCUGACUUUGCGCGUCUAUGAAAUCAGGCCGAAGUCCUGCGUGUCCUCCAGUCAGAACAGCACACCUAACCACACGGGCAUCUUCCAGAUGUGGUUACAUGAGCUCCAAAGCUAAAUCCGGCGUUACGAUGACUCGCUCAGCGACAUCUCAAAUUCACUAACCCGAACUGAAAAUCACAGCGAUGUAACUUCGCGCCUAUACUUUUUUUUUUUUACCUCCUCUCUUUGUCAUGUGACUUUGAACGUCUGCUGAAUCUUUUUCUUUCGAGCGUCUUUUUUCCGCCAGUUUAAUGAGGUGAACGGCGGCUUCCAGCGACCUCCAUUCCCAAUAAGACUGUCUGUGAAUCCUUUUUUUUUUUUUUUUUUUUUUUUUUUUUCUUUUUUUUUUUUCUCCGUUGCAUGCCUGCGUAGAUUUUAAAAAUGAUCCGGUGAGAGGCUCGUCGACUCUGUAGCGAACCGGCACACGGUGUGGCAGGACAUCACCGGCCUCUCUUUCCUCUGCCUGGAGCUAAAGCGGGACUGCUUCACGAGCCUCGUCCAUGUUCGAGGACGCACAGUUUCCACAGCAGACUCUUUCCUUCCGCAGAAAAUAAGACGGGACUAGCUUCUUUUUCAACUUUUUUUGGGGGGACAAAUCACUUCUGGUGUCGUCUUUUUUUUUUGCCAAUCAAUUUUAAGCCCAAUCAAGUUUUGAGUUUCUGUUAUUUCACGACAGUAGGAGCAAGUGCUUCCAAAAUUGAAGAAGUCAGUUUGUCAGCUAAAGGAAAGAGAGAGGAAAAAAAAAAAAGUUACUGUGAGAGCUUUUAUCAAAAGAGCGUGGAAGACGUGAUUUAAUUCACAUUCGAAAUAAAAAAAAUCUCUUCCUUCUAGACUUUGUUUUCCCCCUUCCUGCUCUUCUGCUGCAAAGAUCCAGUCACACUGCUUGGCUAGUUUUUUUUUGUUUUUUUUUUUGUUCUGGAUCAACGCUCCAGAUCAUUCCAGCAGAACCCCCUUUUUUUGACUCCUCUCCAGCUGUUUCAUCCUGGACGAAGGGAUCCACGUCUGGAGAAAGGGACUGCACUGUCCUGGUCGAGGUGGAGCAGGGGGUUUCUUUGUGCCGCUUCCCAUCUGUCAGCGCGCGCCGUCUGUGAUCAGUGCCAACAGGCCUGAAGGAACCGAGCCCAGCCAGAGAGAGUGAGAGGAGGCAGAGGACUUCAGAGCAACAGACUCUGGGAUCCUGGCCAUGAGGUUUGAUGCCUCCAUCCACUGACCAGAAACACUGGACCUAAAUGGCGCAGCAUGACUUUGUCCCUGCCUGGCUUAACUUCUCCACACCCCAGCCUGCCAAGUCCCCUGCUGCCAACCUUGACAAGCAAGGUGAGCCUCACCACCACAGAGACGCCAGACCUGCUGUGAGCCGCCGCCGCCACAACUCCUCUGAUGGAUUCUUCAACAACGGCUCCCUGCGUGCUCCAGCAGGUGAUGGCUGGCAGCAGCCCUCGCUGCUCCUGAGGCAUGACUCUGUGGACUCCGGCGUGGCCAAGGGUGGGCACGGCGGACUGGCGGGGGGCUCCUGUUGGAAGGAAGCUCCCAACUGGCACGGAGCCCCACGUGGCGGCGCCCAGGAUGGCCACCACCACCAGGGGCGCCACCCCAAACGGGGCGGAGGCGACAGGGACAGGCAGGGGGGGCACCGGCAGCGCAACGGCAACUUCCAUCCCCGCAAGGGAACCUCGUACCAGGACAAGUUCCCCAACGAGGAACGCAAAGACGGCAAGGACGACAAGCUGAACUUUGUAGAAGAGGACUUUCCCUCCCUCAACCCUGAAACAACUGGAAAGUCUGGCACUCAGAUGCGAACAGUUGCUCCCCACGCCGGGGUGUGGGAAAACCCUCCUGUCAGCAAACAGAUGGUGUCCAAAAUGCUGGUCAUCAAGAAGGUUUCCAAGGAGGACUCCGGCACGGCGUUCUCUGCAGGGUUCGCCACUGCUGGCACCUUGCCCACCAACGGCAGCAAAGCUCCCCUCACGGGCUCCAGCGUCUACAAGAACCUGGUCCCCAAGCCUGCUGUGGCCCCCACCAAGAGCACCCAGUGGAAAGCCGGUGGUAGAGAGAUCACCAAGUCUGGCCUUCACAUGCCAGGCCGGGAUUCAGUCUUCACCAGCCCCGUCUCUGCAGCCAAACCCAGCACCCCAGUCAGCGCACCGCAGCACAACACCCAGAAAGAGCACCCUUCCAGCACGACUCCCCCCAUAGACAUCGCUCCCUCCAGGCUGAAGCUGAUGCGCCGCGGUCCGGACCGGAAGAGCGAGUUCCUGCGAACUCUGAAGGACGAGGGCACCGGAGAGCUGACGACCAGCAGCAGCCCGGGAACGUCAGGAGAGGGUGAGAGCAGCACCCCGGAGCCCAAAGUGUACAGCGAGGAGGUGUGCCACGAGAACGGCCUGUCCUACUCCCUCAGUGACUCAGACACUGAACACCUUUCCAGCUCCCUGGAGGCAGAGCACAGGUUGCUGAAGGCCAUGGGCUGGCAGGAGUACCCAGAAAACGACGACAACUUCCUCCCUCUGACAGAAGAUGAGCUGAGAGAGUUCCAAACUAAAACAGAACAGCUGAAGAAGAACGGCAUGCAGAGAAACGGGGUUCUCCCCAGGACGCGGGGCGUGACCCUCCACUUCACCCCCUGGAGGAGUGUGGCGGAGGCGCAUGUGGAGGAGGGCUCUGAGUCCGACACCAGUAGCAGCAGCCAGACCUCGGACGACGACGACUGCACCAGAUCCUAACACGGCUUUACGGAACAAAACAUCCAACAAAAACAGCCAACACCACAUCCCAGCAAGCAACCCCCUCUUCCUGUCUCAUCUUUUCUUUUUAGAGCACCAUUUUGAAAUUUGGGUUUUUUUGUUGUUUUGUUUUUUUCGUCAUUCUUGCACAAGGGAAAAACCAAUCAUAUCCCAGUGAAGGGGGAGAUUCCUGCUCUGCCAGACGUUGUUUUCCCUGCGUUUCCUCCUUCACUGCAGUCCUUUGACCUCUGACCCUCCUCCUCCCUCUCCUCACCCUCUUCCUUUUUCUUCCUCGCUUUGUUGAACUGAAGUGUUCAUCAAGAAAAGAAGGGCAAUGAAUGCACACUUGAUUCUGCUUUAAACAGACUAACUCAUUUCAUUGAUGAUGCUGAUGACACAUUAAUAAUGAUAUUAAUAAAAAUUGGUUCCUGACAAGCUGAUAUGUUUCACUAUGAAUCUUGACUACUGUGGUGUUUCAUCUCCAAGCCUCUUUACAUUGUCUAGGCCAGUUGUAAAAG